UUCUUUCUUCAUGCCAUCUCUUGGUUUAGUUUUCGCGGUUGUCUGGACAGCGUAAUCGAGCGGGAUUCGGCGGUUUGGUGCUCGAGAGGUGCUUCUGUGGGCUUUUCUUCGGUCAGGCUUGCGAAAGGCGCUCGACCGGUCUCCCUUGCACGCCCGGACGCCCCCAAAUCAAAAUCUACAGUAUUACCUAGUAUUAGCCAGUUCCUACUCGCAGGAGCCCCAUCCGACUCGACCCAGCGUCUUUCUUUUCCGAUUUGAUUAACUCAUUUGCCUUAAAACGAUGUUCGUCCAAACCGAAUUUAACAAAUCAAAUAACAAUAACGAGCUAAGUAGAUCGCACGACGUAGAAUCCGACUACGAAGGUCUCUUCCGCGACCUGGACCUGAUCUCGCGGUUUUGCAUGCCGAUCUGUUCGCGCGACAACGAAAUCCGGGAAGUGGCCCUGGACGUGAUAUCGAAGACGGUCGAGGGGUGGCUGGACGGCGUCGGCAGCCCCAAGCACUAUCGGAUGGGUCAUAGGUUGCAGAACGCGUCCAACGGGUGCGCGUGUUCGGAUCUAGUGGGGAAUACCGUUAAUGACGUCCCGAAGGAGUAUUUGGACCUGGUGUCGCUACAUUUACCUAUCAUUUUAAGGUUAUCAAUUAGUUGUCCUUUCAUCAACGUCAGGGAGAAAUGUCAACAUAUCCUGGAAAUCGUGCAGAGCCGUGGUUUGCCUAUACCUUAUCCUGUGAUAUCUGGACCGAGUGCAUAUAUCGAUCCCGAAGAGUUGCCACCCCUGGGUACUUUCAAUGAAAAGACAAACAACCUCUUCGUGGAUGCCUUUCUACAAAGCAACAGAUUGGACCAUGUGAGUCAGGUAAUGGGGUAUCACACCUCAUAUUUGGACCACUUUCUCAAGACUCAAAAUUUCAUACUACGAGGAGAUGGACCACUUCCAUUUCAUUAUAGGCAUUACAUCGCAAUAAUGGCCGCAGGACGACAUCAGUGCGGCUACUUGAUAAACCUGCAGAAGCAGGAGUUUCUGCUGCUAGGAGGCGAACACAGUUGGCUCAAAGGCCUUAGUUCUAUACCACCAAAGUUAAAAAAUCUUUACGAUAUCAAUAAAAUAUUAGCCCAUAGGCCCUGGCAGUUAAAUACGUCUCAUAUUGAGAAAUUGACAAAGGGGAAAGAUAGCUGGUCUUUGGCCGAAGUUAUACACGCUAUAGUCAUAUUGACUCAUUUUCACUCGCUUUGUUCUUUUGUGUUCGCUUGUGGCGUCAAUCAAGAGGUGGAUCAAGCCGGCGGAUACAAGUACUACAUGCCCGGAGAGCCCAUCCAGGCCCGGCCCAGCAAUACGAAUCAAACUAAUCCCAAAGAUAUACCAACUGUCGAUAUAACCGAAGACUGGAAAAACUCUUCUCACGUUGGUCCGCCGUCGCCCACGGAACCCGAAGUAGGAAUCAACACGAUAAUGCAGCGCAUGAAGACGCUGUCCGAGCAAAACGAAGAGUGCACCCCCAUAGAGCUGGCGAAGCGCUUCGAGAACAUCGAAACGCAGUCGGCCGAACUGGGGCUGGUGGGCGGCGAGAGGCUGGAAACCCCCGCGGACAUCAGCUGUUUCAUCGAAGACGAGAAGUUCGGCUACCAGGAUUUCGCCAAGAGGGAAGAACAAAUGGACUUCCCCACGUUUAGGGUACAGGAUUACUCGUGGAACGACCACGGGUAUUCGCUGGUUAAUAGGUUAUACAAUGACGUCGGUAAUCUCCUCGACGACAAAUUCAAAACGGCACAAAACCUGACCUACUACACCAUGGGGGGGCGUACCGACGUGGACACGUCGCGCUUCCGUCGGGCCAUCUGGAACUACAUCCAGUGUUUGCUGGGGAUCCGCCACGACGACUACGACUACGGCGAGAUCAACCACCUGCUGGAGCGGUCGUUGAAGACGUUCAUCAAGAGCGCCUGCUGUUACCCCGAGCGCGUCACGAAGAAGGACUACGACCGGGUGCUGCGGGAGUUCAAGCACAGCGAGAAGGUCCACGUGAAUCUGAUGGUGCUGGAGGCGAGGAUGCAGGCGGAACUGCUCUACGCCCUGAGGACUGUGAAUCGCUACAUGACAAAUUAGGCGAAGUGGGUUGGUUGGAUUUGUACGUUUUGCACCGACGCAGAGAUGACGGAAACUGUGGUUUUAAGUAUAGUUUUAUUGUUGUCUGUUUUAUUGAAGAUUCAAAUGUGUUAUUUAUGUAAUAUUAAGAAAUUGAUUUCAUGUGGUACUGUAUUUAUCAUCAUUUGAAUAUAUUUAAUGUGGUAGGUAUAUUAUCAAUCGAACAAUGAUUCAACUCGAUAAUAUGUGUUGAUAUUUUUGUAUUGACUUUUUUCUACUGAUUUGCGUCGAUCCGGAGUAGAAAAAAGUGUCGCGCACCAUACAUAUUAAAUAUGUGACCACCUUUGUAAAUAAUUUGAAUACUAUAUGAUAACAUUUAUAUUGUGUAAAUAUAAAUUCUGAGUUAUGGAAGUUAUACAUCACUGCUCUCUUAAUUUUCUAAUGCGUUUUUAACAUCGUGGCUUCCGACCAGUGUAUAUAUAUAUAUUGUUUUCAUUGUCCAAUAUUUUAUAACGUAAGUAUGGAUCUGGUCAAUUUUUUACGUUGCGGUACUAUAAGGAGGCUUUUAAUAUUCUCAAAUUUUUAUAACGACUGACUGGAUUAUUUUGAACUGAGGUUUUCCGUUUUCGCUUUAGUAUUUGAGUAACGUAGGCACUAUGACGUAAUUCGUUCCGACAAUGAUGGGGAAACCACUUUUCUUUACUUGUUUGUAUCCCAAAUUUCGCGUCUUGAUCUCAGUAUUAAUUUAUAAUUUUGAAUUGAAUUCAUAUUUUAGUAUAUUUUCACUGCCAUACGAUAGUUGUUGUAACGGUAACAAACAAAUUUCGCCAACCGUCGUCGAUUUCUUCACUGAAAUCAAUUUCUGUUUGUUAGCUGCUUUCGAACCGAAAAAAUUUUCAAUCCGACUUGUGUUUUAAUUUUUCGUUUCGUUUCGUUUCUAGGACUUGAACAAAUUCAUAAAUUAGUAUAUUUAGAAAUAAUACGAUGCUGUGAUGUUACAAUUUCUGUAUUUAUUUGAAACAAUAUCGCGUUUGAUUUCGUCGCUUUGCGAAUUGGCCUACUUUGUUUGUACGAAUUGUUCGGUAGAUGCGCAACGCGCUUGCGCACCUACCUCAACGCUUGCAAACUUCUGCAGUUUUUAUACAAAUUAAGUUUCAAAUUAUAUUAUUAUAUACCUACGAAAAAGGUGAAUUGACGCAGAAGUACAAAUAUAUUAUGAUUGGAAGAGUGUAAAAUAUGGAUUUCAUAACGUCAUUACAUACAGUGAGAAAUAUUUUUGCACUUGGACUCGUCUAGGCGGGGAAACACAAAAUUCAGUCGAAACAACCCUAAAUGCCUGUUAUGAAAUCCUCGUUAUGUCACAGUUACGUUGUUGUGGGGUAUUCUCCAAUUUGUGAUAUUUAUCUUAAUGUGAUUACUGUGUAAUAGAUUUUAGAUUGUUUCAAUUGAAUACCUUCGAUAAGUUUUGUUGAUGUUUAACCAUAGACCUUUAGUGAGAUGUUUUAAUUUAAUUAAUCCACUUUCAAAUAAAGUAGUUUCAUGCUA